AUGAACGGCAUCAAACCAGACCCCGACGUCAAGAUGGACCUCGACGCGCACACGCCCGCAGGCAGCGGCUACAUGGAUGAUGACUUCUACGAGGACACGGGCGAGCUGCAACUACCGCCCCGGGGCAUGGGGAAGGAUACCUGGCUGACACGGAUACCCGACUGGAUUUACGAGAAGGUGUCGAAAUGGGAUGAUCUGGCUGAAGGCAACGACGACGAGCAGAUCGUAAUCGGCGAGGUGAUAGCUUUCCCAGACGAAAUGGGAAAGGGUGGCAUUAGCAGGACAAAGCCUAUGCGCAUCUUCUUCGACGACCGGUGGCGGCAGAAGGAGCAACUCCCGACUGCAUUCGAGCUCGUGCCGGACUCCGUGAGGGACGAAGUGCUUAGAAACACGUAUGUCUUCGCCGAGAAAGACCUCCCAGGCUAUAGACCCAACGGAUUCGGCCAAGGCAAGCACGGCGCAUCCAGCAGCUUCGGCGGCGUUCAGGACCACAAAUCGCGUAUCCAAAAGCGCAGCAGGUACAAGAAAGCGAUUCCCAAGCAAACAGCCCUCAUCGGUCACGCAACCCGGCAGUAUCGCGCCCAAACCCUCCCAACGAAAGAAGCGGUCGCUCAUGAGGCCGCUCGCAAUAAGAAAGCGAUUCAGGGUUCCAACACGCGCACCAACAUCGUCGACAACUUCAACGAGCAGAACGAGUUCGACAAGGUCACGAACAAGUUCAGCGGCUUUGUUAGGCCCGCCGUCGCCCGCAAGUCGCAGAUCAACAAGGCGGCUCGUAUCCCGAAGAACGAGCUCAUCGAUCUACUGCACCAAUUGUUCGACGAGUACAUGUACUGGCCCAUGAAGACACUCAAGCAGCGCACCCGACAGCCCGAAGCCUAUCUCAAGGAAGUUCUCGGCGACAUUGCGCAGCUGGUCAAGAGCGGUCCAUUCGCGAGCUGCUGGCAGCGCUUGCAGAUGUACAAUAGGGAAUCUGCCAACAUGAAGCAAGAGAAGCCGCCGGAUGCUGAUGUCGGAGACUCGGGCGACGACGAGGAGGAGAUGGAAGACGUGGUUUGA